AUGGCCCCGAAUGUGCUGGGCAACACGAUACUGCUCGCGGAAGCCUGCAUCGAGCAGGAGGAUCGCAACAACAACACGCCGCAGUAUAAGAGCAAAGCCCUGCUGAACGUGCCCAGUAGCACCGGUACACCUGUGACUCCCGAGGAUGCCGCAAAGCCCACAGACGCCCCGAAGGAUGCAUCGGUUCGGCGCUACCGGCACGCGUACGUGUGGCGUAAUAUCAUCGCGUUCGUCUAUCUUCACCUCGGGUUCCUGUACGGCAGCUAUCUGCUGGUGACGUCCGCGAAGUGGAGCACAUUUUUCCUUGCACUAACGCUCGGUUCAUGCGGUGCCCUCGGCAUCACGGCCGGUGCCCAUCGGCUCUGGUCACACCGGGCGUACAAGGCGAAGUGGCCGCUCCGGCUGUUCCUGAUGCUAGCGCAAACGCUAGCGUUCCAGAACAGCGUGUACGAGUGGGUGCGGGACCACCGGGUGCAUCACAAGUUCACCGACACCGACGCGGACCCGCACAACGCGACCCGGGGCUUUUUCUUCUCGCACAUCGGCUGGCUGAUGGUGAAGAAGCACCCGGACGUGAAGGGGCGCGGCCGGGCCGUCGAUAUGGCCGACCUCGAGCAGGAUGGUAUCGUGAUGUUCCAAAAGCGCUACUACGCCAUCCUGAUGCCCGUGUUUUGCUUCAUCCUGCCGACGUUCAUCGCGUACCACUGGCUUGGUGAGACGUUCUCGAACGCCUGGUACGUGGUCGCCAUUUUCCGGUACGUGUUGUCGCUUAAUGCCACCUGGCUGGUGAACAGCGCCGCUCACAUCUGGGGCACGAAACCGUACGACCGCAACAUCUCACCCACCAACAACACGUUCGUGGCGAUCGCGGCGUAUGGUGAGGGUUGGCACAACUACCACCACGUGUUCCCGUGGGACUACAAGACGUCCGAGCUUGGCACGUACAGCACCAACUUCACGACGGCUGCGAUCGAUUUCUUCGCGCGCAUCGGCUGGGCGUAUGAUCUGAAGUCGGUGUCGGAUGACAUGAUCCGCAAGCGAAUCCUGCGUACUGGCGAUGGUACGCACCAAUACAGUGAACGGGAGUUGCAGGCACGCAUGGUUGACUACGUGAACCAGCUCGACCACGAGUCGGAACCGGCCGUCUGGGGCUGGGACGAUAAGGAUAUGGACGAGCAGGACCGCCAGGAUGCGACCGUGAGGAAUAAGGUGGAAUGAGCCAGGCCAGACAAGCGGGCCUUUAGAACUAGGACUGCACCAGGAAGAUCACGGGGCGAGGGAACGUGUAGGAGUAGCAAGCGGGGAGUAGGGAUCCGAACGGGGCUUCGGUGGCCUCGGGCAGGUCCAAGGGACACACACCACAGGGCAGGUGUUAACGUUACGUUUAUGCUAGUUUCGUUUAGUUUUGUUUGACAGGUUUUCUUUCUUUUGUUAGUUCGUUUCUCGCUUAUCAGUCCUUCGGUCACACACGCGCGCGCGCGCACACACACACAGGUGCACGUGCACACGUAUUUUAUCUCGAGCCACACACGCGCCUUUGGAUACACACAGAAAAGGAUACACUGCACGUGCAAAUUGCAAACCCUGCGGACGGGAAGCGAAACAAAGCUAGGAGAAAAUGGAAACGAAACGGCUACCAAUGACAUGAUUUGCGACAAAAGACAAAAAAAAAAGAAAGCCCACACAGGAGCUGGAAGUGCACGCGGAAACGCCACAUCUCAGUGGCGUCGGCUCGCGUUUAUUUAUUCGAACAAAGCCUCCAGCAUCGUCCCUUUCGGUGGUCGUGUAAUUUCAUGGGACGCGGGAGCAUAAUUUUAAAGCAUGUCGGGCCAGUGAUUGGUCCCGCGGGUAGAUCGCAUGCUGACAAUACGCGGUAGAAACACGCGUGUGUCCAGCCGCGACCUUCAUUCGCCCUCUAUCUGUUUCGCGAACAUGCGCAAUGGUGCUUCGGUGCUUAGUGGCUAGCUUAGUUCGUGUUUCGGACGCAGCGUAGGUUAACUAGUCGGCUAUCCCUUUACUUUUAUCGUACGUCCAUAGAGCAAGCAUACUGCAUGCCGAUAUAUUGUGGCCGGCUUCUCGCUGCGCCCCCGUUUACUGCUGCAACGCACGCAUCCCGCCCGGAAACGCUGCCGACGGUGUUAUACGGUUGCCCAGCCGGUUGCCUACCUUUAGGCGCCUGGGUGAAUGAUUUGAAUGGGCCAGCGGAUGUGGGCCGGUAACGCGAAGGGAAGUUUUAACGGAUGUUUGCCUUUAUUCGUCUAUCUCUAUCUUAGUGCUAGGCUUAAGCUUGGAGUUAAAUAAACAAUAAUC